UCUAGCUUUUCUCAGCUGUUAAAAUUGUAAACAAAACAAUAGGUGAUUUUUGCUGAUUUUUUUUAAAUUACAUAUGUACAUAGUUCUAUUAACAAAAUUUAAGGCAAGAUGACAGUGUGUAGGAUUUGCAGUCUUAGACGAAGAUCCAUGAUAAACAUAUUCGAUGGAACGGCAGAAGUGGGAUUUCCCAUUGUGGAUGUGGUUUCCCACUAUACUGGCAUAGAAAUUAGACAAGGAGAUUCACUUCCUGAAACCAUUUGCUUUAUGUGCCUGGAAAAUGCGCGGAAAUCCUUUGGGAUAAGUCAAGCCUGUGAGAGCAAUGAUCCGCUCCAUAUUGGAAAAGAAGUCAUCGAAAUCACAGAAUUCCACGACGAGGAAAAGCUUCCUGAAGAGGAUCUACGAGAUGAAGUCCUUGAAAUUUCAGACUACCCGGUGAAGAAUGAGGUCCUUGAGGGUGAAUUACUGGAGGAGGAAGUUUGCAAAAUACAAGACUGCGAGAGGGAUGAAUCAAAUGGUGACGAGCAAACCCCUGUCCAAGUGAAAAUAGAAAAAACCUAUUGGGAGGAGUCAAUUAUGGACAGGAUCCAGCCGUAUAAUGUUGAAAUAAAGAACGAGCCAAUCGACGAUGAGUUGAUCAAAGAAGAAUCGUCCAGUAUUAUUGAUCCACCAACCUGUCAAGUGAAAAACGAGCCUAUUGAAGAUGACCUAUUUGAGGAAGAGAUCUGCCCGAUGACAGUUGAGCAGCCAAAAGUCCCAAAGUCUUGUUUGUCUCCAUCAGAUUUAAAGAAAAAUAGGCGGUUUUACAAGAAACCCUUCAAAUGCGACCUUUGCGAGAGGGUUUUUGCAACACAAACUGCUCUGGAGUCGCACGGCCAGACUCAUAAGAAGCAACCGCACAGCUGUGGUCAAUGCCUCAAAUAUUUUCCAGAAGAAUCGCUUCUGAAGGAGCACAUCCUGACCCACAGGAGACCGCACAAGUGCUGCCACUGCCCGAAGUCCUUUCUGACGGCCUACGACCUUAAGAGACACACCAGGAUCCACACUGGCGAACGACCGUACAGCUGUGACCAUUGCCCGAAAACAUUUUCGGACCGGACAUCUUUGACGUCGCAUGUAAGGACUCACAAGGGCGAGCGGCCCUACAAAUGCUCCGAAUGCGCGAUGUCCUUCACGCAGCAGUGCAAUCUUCAAAGACACAUUCGUUGUCACACGGGAGAAAGACCUUUCGAGUGUCCCUACUGCCCCAAGACCUUUUCGCAACAGUCCAAUCUGGGCCUGCACAUGCGGGCUCACUCCGGAGAACGAUUCGAUUGCUCCCUGUGCUCCAAGUCUUUUGCCUAUAAGAACGAUUUGAAACGCCACAUACGCACUCACACGGAGGAGAGUUUGGGGUGUUCCCUGUGCCCAAAAUUGUUUGCCACCAAGUGGAGUCUUAAGAAGCACUUUCAUACCCACAAGGAAAAAAUUUACGCGUAUUUCUGUGAUUUGUUUCGAAUAAUAAUCAUUGCGCUUAGAGACAUGGAGCCAAUAUGUCGUGUUUGCCUGGGAAGAUCCGAGGACUUGGUGAACAUAUUUGAUGCCAGACGAAAGACCAGAGUUUCAAUCGCCGAGAUGAUCGAGCUAUGUACCGACUUUGAAGUCAGACGAGGAGAUCGCUUUCCGGAAACCAUCUGUCCGGCGUGCUUGGAGGAUGCCAAGAAUGCAUUUGCUUUAAGACAAACCUGCGAGAGGAGCCACCAGUUUUACUGUCAGGUCCGGGAUGAAGGUAUUGAGGAGGCACUAUGCGCGUUGCUCGAAGAAGAGGAUUGGGAGUUUUCGGCAGAUAAAGACAACUGGAAUGAAGCUACCGCCCAAGACGAGGACUUGGAUGAUAAUGAUGAUGAUGAUAAUGAUGACGGCGAUGACGAUAAUGUUAAACCCAAUAUGAAAGUCGACACUAAGGUGGUUACAUUUGAAUGUCGAGAGUGCUCGAAGAGAUACCAGCGAAGGGGCGCCUGGAUAAGCCACAUGAGGACCCAUUUGGAUGGGCAGUCAUUUCCUUGCCAUUACUGUUCAAAGAACUUUAACUUAAAGGCCUCUCUGGAUGCGCACAUUAAAAGCCACAACGCAGAAAAACCCUACGAGUGUUCCCACUGCUCAAAGUCCUUUGCGCAGCAGUCCACUCUGCAAUCGCACGAAAGGACUCACACUGGCGAACGUCCCUUCAAGUGUUCCCAGUGCGGCAAAAACUUUAUUAAAUCCUCAGAUCUUCAACGACACAUUCGCACACAUGUAGGGGAACGGCCCCACAAGUGCUCCAAGUGCUCGAAAACCUUUACCAGAAAAUUUCACCUCAAAAACCAUUUUCGAUCUCACACGGGUGAACGACCCUAUAAGUGUCCCCACUGUUCAACUGCCUUCACCUUAAAGCAGCAUCUCAAAGAACACAUUCGCAUUCACUCGGGCGAACGUCCGUUUAAGUGUUCCCAGUGCUCCAAGUCCUUUCGUCUCGGGACCAUCCUAAGAGAACACAAGCUCGUGCAUAGUAAAGAAAGGUCUUUCCAGUGCCCCCAUUGUCCUAGUGCCUUUAAGCAAAGAAAAACUCUUGGAAGACACAUUCUUCAGCGUCAUGAAUGUUAGCUUAAAAUAUCCAAAGUAUCUUUUAAAGAUUAUACUUUUUUGUAAAUUAACUUGGUUUUAGUAUUUAAAAUUCUACCUUUUGAAUUCUUAGGUGUAAUUAUAAGACUAGAAAGAGUUUUUGAAAAUAUAUGUUUCUUAAAUA